UUGAAAUUGUAAUUGAAAAGGGAUUCAGCAUUUCAUAAUUAGUGAGUUGACAAUUACCUACAUAUAUAAAUAUAUUCACCGUUUAAGACUUGAAUGCGUUUCACAGGCGCAGAUUGCAAAUACCAACUAUUUGCUACAGUGUAGUAAAAGUUCACGCAUGGUAUAAACCCCGCCACCGUUGAAAGUUUCGGUGAAAUUGGACACUGUUAUUCGUUAAUAUUGACAAUGCUAGCAUUUACUUCAGUCCGGAAUUAAACCUCUUAGACACGUAUCAUACGACAAUAGAAUACAAACUUUUCCAAAAAGAGCUGUCGACACAGAACUGUGGGGCUCUCCAGCUGAGUUGUGUCAAAUCACAGCUGGACAGGCCUGACGGACAACUUGGACAGGGAUCGUAAAGGCUGCUGAGUUACUGAGGAUCAGUGCCAGUUGAUCUACCAGACCCGCAUUUUGGAUAAAGAGCUCCCAUCAGCUGCACUGUGGCUGACCAGUGACCCCGAUUUGCAGCCUAAACCCCUUUUGGGUCGCCGCUGAGCUAAUAGAGGUGGUCUGGCGGGCCUGAUGUGGAAUUUGACCCCACCUGACCCUGUCCCGCAAGUAGUCUUCCAUUGAGCCUGGACUGGGAAAAGGAAGAUAAAAGAGCAAGAGGGGCGACAGAGAAGAAAAGGAGAGAAGUGAGAGCAGCAGCACAGCGACCGAAACCUUUUGAGUGAUAGAAAAUCUUUCUUUUUCCCUGUCAGCUCUUCCAGGAUGCCAGUUGAGACCUUGCGGCCAUCAGAUGGCCGUCUGGCCGGGGUUGCCUUCACCUCUGCCAUGCCCUUCAGGAUUCUUAACAAGGGUCCAGACUACUUCCGUCGUCAGGCUGAGCCUGGGGCCCGUAAACUGAGCGCUGUUGAACGCCUGGAGGCAGACAAGGCUAAGUACGUAAAGAGCCAGCAGGUGGCCCUCACCCGCCAGGCUCCCAUCAAACCGCCAAUCAUCCGCAAGCCCCUUGUUCCUCCGGGGAUGAUGCUCCAGUGCCAGAUCAGCACUCCUCCAGCCCGCAAGGCUCCCCGCUGCCCAACUGAUGUGGAGAAUGGAGGAAGGAGAGAGGGACCUGUAAGGAGGAGAGGACCUGCUCUUAACUUGGAUAUUCUGAAUAAUCUUAUCAAUGACGUAUGUGAUGGACCCACCCCGUGUUCCCAGUCCUCUUCCUCCACUUCCCCCUCCUCAUCAUCUCCUUCGUCGGGAACUAAGAGCAUCGGCAGUAGCCUGUCAGCAGAACAGGAAGGUAACAACCGACUCCUCAACAACCUCAAACCAUUGAAGCAUGGCAUUGUCAACUCCUCCUCCACCUCCUCCUGCACUUCCUCUCCACUCAACAACAACCUCCAGAUCCCUGCAGCGGAACCCACCCGGCGUCCCCCCCCUGUUCCAGCACGAGCACCCCGCAUUGGGGUUCCAGCUCCCUAUAGCUCCCCUAACUCGGUGGCAGUGCGCAGGGUGGACGUUCGGCCUCAGACUGAGAUAAGGAAGCCUCAGCUUCAGCCCCAGCUCAGGCCCAGACAGACUGCUCAGGGCCAAGUUGCACACCCACAGAUCCCACCUCCUCCACCUACACAAAACCAACCUCACCCGCAGCUCAAAAACCCCUCCCAAACCCUGCCCCCACCCCCAGCCUACCUUCCACCCAGUCCCAUGCUGGUCCGCACUGGCGUGAUCCCUCCAGCCUCCCCCGCUUUCACCCGUAUAUCAAAUGCCAGUUCCAAGGGAUCUUCUCGUAAGCACCCAUCCUUGCACCGCUCCAAGUCGGACCUCAGUGACCGUUAUUCCCGAGCAACAGCGGACAUGGAGCGCUUCUUCAACUACUGCGGGCUGGACCCGGAGGAGGUGGAGGGCAUGGGUGGAAUGGAGCAUUUCACAAGAGCCAACUCGGACAUUGUAUCCGUCUCCAAGCUCCGCAGCGUCAGCACGCCCAGCUCAGAGGCUGACCGGGCGAGGGAGGAUGAAGGAGACGAGGAAAACGAGGAUGGACCAGCCAUGGCCAACGAACGGGUCCCCUACGGCAUCUCCGUCAUCGAGAGGAAUGCUCGAGUCAUCAAAUGGCUAUACGGCAUCCGUCAGGCGCGAGAUGCUAAUAACGCUGUCUCUAAUGUAUAGACUAAUGAGGACUUGAAUACAAAAACUGGGAAGCAGUACUUUCUGUAUGUAUACACACGUCUGAAGAAUGAAAACCCAUCUGUUCAUCUUCUGCUGCCUUACAUCACAUCAUUUAAGGAUAAUCCAGUAGUUGUUUUUACUGUUUCCUGAGAAGGCCCACAACACUUGUUUUUGAAAUUGCACAUCAGUGAUUUUUAUCCGGGCUGCAGUUCAGGACUGCUUCCUUGCAACACUAAGUGGACGAUACAUUUCCUUUUUCCUUGAUCUUGCAUAACAAUAUUGGUAUACGAAAGCAAUAAUAGACUGGUGUAAAUGAUGAUGGUGAGGAUGGAGGCUGAGGUUGUUUGUGGUCGUUCAUGUAAAGGUACCUAAAGUGCGUGUGUGUGUGUGUGUGCGUGCGUGUGUGUGCACCAGAGUUCUCCACAGCACAAAGCCAGACUGAAAAUUGGCUACAAACUGUUAGAGACUCCGAUGCUACACGGUGCAGUGAUUGAGCAAGGCAGGAAGAGAACCACGUUGAUACUGUGAAACUUCACAAAAAAAGCUUCGAUAAACAUGUUUGUAUUUUCAGAAAAAAAAAACUGGGGCUGUAAGACUGUUAUUAUACAAAUUUCUGUCAGCAUGCGAGUGAAAAGUUUGUGUACAUUUAUUUUAGGGGUUUGUCAUCUCGAUAAAGCACACACAUUACACUCACAUAUUAUCUCUUCAUGGCACAGAUGUACAUUCAGGUCAACUCCAGUAAAUACGGUAGCAGCUGCAGUUAGUGCUCUCUGUAUAUCUGGCUGUAACAUUGUCUACUUGUGCGUUUGCAUCUGAAACAUGGUCUCAUGUCUUGGAUUAUGCUGCAUGGGUGCAGUGCAAGAAAUCUGUUUACUAUGUAUGUCUUGGCACAGAUGAGAGAGCUAGUCAUAUGAUAAGGGAUGAUCUCAUAAGUGGAUGGUUGAAGUAAGUGUAGCAUGAAAACGCUAUUUUGCCUCCAGAGAGAAAAUCGGAGGAAGGGUGAAAGUAAAAGAGAAAAAAGUGAAAGAGUAUACUCAUGCAUUGUAUACUGUGGUUCUGAAAGUGUCUCAGGAAGAUGUACUCGGCAUACUAACAAAAAAUGGACCAAUAUUUAUUUGGAUAUGUAAUUUAAUGUAUUUUUUAAAAGUUUGUGUAGAGAAUUCAAUCCUUGCUCUUAAGUGCAAUCUGAUCAUAUCGACUGCAAUUACAAUAAAUGUAGGAUCACAUUUAAACACACAUGCAAAUACAAACACCAGUCACAUGCUAAGUGUGAAUGUUGUAAACAGGGACUGCUACAUGUAAUGUGCUGUGCGGGGAGCACUAAACGUACAGAUACCGUUGUAUUUAUUCGGCUUCCUGUUUGUGGCAGUGGGAGCAAAAGAGGAGAUCUGUCCUCUCUGUGCACUUCUCCACCCUCUGCUUCUGCUUCCUUUUUACUUUUCAGGGUAUUCAGUAUGAGCGCCAGCCAGGUUUCGCUCUUUGUACCUGACCUACUGCAGGUAGUGAGGCAGAGCAAGCGGCAGUCAGAUCAGAGGGAUGGAGAACAUGACAGCAGUGACAGUGAAUCGAACGUGCUGUUGAAAGCGGCACCAAAUGCCCAAAGAGUCUUAAGUAAGAGAUCUGAAAUGCUUUACCAUGUUGUAUUCUAAACAAUUAAUAAAAAAAAAGAGUUGUGAAACUA